AAGGCCCCGACGCAGAGCGGCUCGCUAGGCGGUCGUCCUACCUGAAGGCGACGAGCAGCGAGUGGCGUGGUGACGAGUGUCCACCCCCAGCUCCUCCAAGUCCUCCUCCAGCCCCACGAGUUCCUCCAGAAGCGUCAGCUCCAGUUGGGGAAGAGGGAGUGUCAGAGUCCUCCUCUCAUCCCCAGGACGCCUCCGCUCAUGGCGCCCUUCACUACAAGCUUGCCCUCCUCGAUGGCAAGAGCACGGCCGAGGCGCCCGAGCUACGGCUGUGCGUGCAGGGCGCGGCCAUCACGCAUGCCGCGGACUACACGAAACGCCGCCACGUUCUACGAAUCACGACGCCUGCCGGCACGCAGCUCCUGCUGCAGGCGGAGUCUGCCGUCUGCAUGACCACCUGGCUGGGGCACCUGCAGCGCGGCGCUCUGCAGGAUGACGAUGCGUUGUUCCCCUCUGGAGACCCGGAGACCCCCACUGGGGCUGAAGCCCCCUGGUCCCCCGACCCCCCAACUCUCGGUGGGAAGCACACUAGGAAGCCCGCUUCCCUCAGGGCCCACUCCCCCACUCCGCCCCCAUCCUUCAAUAGACGCAGCGCCCCAGCAGCCACACCCACCACUCCCUCCGAUCCCUCCUCGGGAAGGACAUGGAAAGGGCUGCUCGGUAAGCGCCUGAAGAGAAACCAGGGGCCUGGGGCCACCACCUACCCUCCCGGGGCCUCCUUUGGAGUCCCUAUUCCCCUCUGCCCCAUGAGCGAGCAACAUGACGGCGCUGUACCGCUGGUGGUCGCAGCGUGCGUCGAGGUGGUGCAACUCAAGGGGUUGCGGUGCCAGGGGUUGUACAGGAUUCCUGGUAACAAGGCUGCUGUAACCCACCUCACCGAGGCCUUAAACCGCAACCCUACCCAAAUCGACCUCACCGACCCAAGGUGGGGAGACGUGAACGUGAUCUCAAGUCUGCUGAAGCAGUUCUUCCAGCGCCUGCCGGAGCCGCUCGUGCCCAGCCACCUGCAUCCUCUCUUGCUGCAGGCGGCCGCUGCUCCCCACCCUCACCAACGUCUGCUGCAGCUGCGUACCUUGGUGCACGAGUUGCCCAUGUUCCACUACGAGACCCUGAGGCUGCUGUGCCUGCACCUGCAGCAGGUGGUGCAGCACUCGCAAUACAACAAGAUGGACGCCCACAACCUGGCCAUCGUAUUCGGACCGACGUUGUUGCGUGCAACCCACGACGACAUUGCCAGGAUGGUUACGGACACCCCCCGACAGUGCAGCGUAGUCGAAGCCCUCAUCUCACAUGCGGGCUGGUUCUUCAGUGAUGCUGAAGAGGACCAAGUCCCACCAACCCCCGUCACAGGUGCUCCUCUUGGUGACUACGAGCCCCAGCCUCCCCAAGUGCAGGCUUUGCUCGACAACGCUGCUAAACUUUCGGGUCUGGGCAAGUCGGAGAGCAAGAAGGUGCUCGUGUCAUCAAUAAUUUCGGCGGCUAGCAGAAAAGUUCAUAAGUCUCGCAAUCGUCGCAGGAGCGAGGAAAUCCUUGGGGAGUGGGGAAGCAGGGACCUGGAGCGGUCACGUGACGGGGGCGAGGUCCCCCAAUACUCUUCUGUAGAAAACAACCCCAGAAUAUCCAGUGGGUCUGCCAAUGAUUCGGAGACCCAUGCGGCUUCUGAAGUAUCCCAUGAUAAUGAUGAAAGAAACGUUCCUCUUAACAACUCUUUAAUUAACCACUCUGAUACGUCCAGUAUUGCUGAAGUGUCUAGACAGGAUACAGAUAACACUUUAAGACUCUCGGCAAUGUCUCCGUCCGAACGUUCGUCAUGUUCGGACGUCACCAUGAACUCUGACGUCGCCACACACGUCGGUGACUCCUCUAUCUCCUCUGACGUCUACAGACGGCACGACGGGCGGUUAUCAGUAGACGUGGCCAGAGAAUCCAUCUACGACGUUGCACGGACGAGUUUACCGUCAAGUCUGAACCAUGAUAGCUACAGAGACGCAACUCUUCGGCCCACCGGCGCCACGCCGUCAUACCGCGACCACAGCCGCACCAAGCAGCGCAUCAAGCGCUUCGUCGACGAAACGAAAGCCAACCUCGACCGGCAGAUCCCAGUAGUGCUCCACUCCUCCUCGGGACCUCUCUCCUCGUCAGGACUCCUUUCCUCUAGUGGGCCUUUCUCCUCUGCAGAGCCUCGUACCUCCGAAGGGUCCCUUUCCUCCCAAGGUAUCCUUAACAUUGCAGGACCCCUCUCUUCUCGUCCUCUAUCCUCCGGAGGGCCGCUACCUCCUCCCAGAAGACGGACUAGCGUCCGGCUAGACUUUGACAAACAAUCCAUCGAUGCCGCCUGGUUGAAGGCAAAAAAGGAUUUAGAAGAAGUGGAUCCUUUAGAUCUCAUAGCCGAUAAUCCAUCAGAGGUGCUUCAGUUGUUCGGGCACUCCGAGACCAGAAGCAACGAAGCCCUCAGUUUACCCUCACCCUGUGUGACGUCCGGCGAUGCUGCGGACGAAGAUGACGAAGUCUCCCUGACUAGCUUGCCCUUUGCUUGCGCCCCUUCUGCCCUCACUAACGUUUUACCCUCUCAGGAGGGCGGCAGGAGUCAGGUGACGUCUGCAGAUGACGGCUCACGGCAGCUCGCCGACGACGGAAGCGACUUCUUGAAGGCGAUCACGGCGACAUUCGAGAAGAUGCGCAGCGAAGGACCUUCUGAGGAACCCUCCCCUCCCCUCACUCCCCCUCCCCCUGCUCGCGAGUGGCCUAAGGAGGAGACACUCGCCACCCUCGACAUCGCGAGUGGCGAGGCGGACGAGCGGCGACACUCACGAGGGUCGGGCGAGGGCAGCGGGUGUCGCCUGUACCGCGACCCCUCACUGCACCGACGCACCGGCGACCCUCGGGGCUCCCUCGCGCACCGCCUCUCCGUGCCCCGCAAGGUGUCAUGUCUUGAAGGCGUUAUCUUGAAUGAGCUGUGGUUUAGUGUCGUGGUAGCCCACGCACAAAGAGCCUCACCGAGAACUUCAGGGAUACAAAGGUAG